AUGGCCUCCAUUCCCCUCCUCUCGCCACCCACCGUCGCCACAACCGCCGUCGUCAACCACCGACCCCACUACCCUCCCCUCUCUCGAUUCUUCAUUAAACACCGCCGACUCACACGCCUCCACGUGUCCUCCCCCACCAACAACCCCCGGACUACCGCCACCCCGACCCCUUCCCCCGCCUCCGGCGAGUCCAUAUUCUUCGACGGCGGGGCCCACUACGGCGAUCUCGUGGCCAACCUCCUUCUGGGGUUCACGCUCCUCUGGCUCCCCCUAACCCUAGCGGCGGUGUCACGCGCCAUGUACCUGCGCUACAGGUUCACGAAUCUGAGAGUGACGGUGAUCUCGGGGCUGACGGGUGAGGACCGCAGCGACUUCGGGUACAGCGUGAUAAAGGACGUGCAGGUGGUGCCGCGCUUUAUCGGGGAGUGGGGUGACGUUAUCAUAACCCUGAAGGACGGGACCAAGGUAGACCUUAGGAGUGUCCCCAAGUUCAGAGAAAUCGCCAAGUACUGCCUCGCUAUGGCGCAGAAAUCCCAAGCUUUGAAGGAAACUGGACCCAAAGGUUUUUAG